CUGCUGAGUCAAGUCAACGCAUUCCGUCUUCAAGCUCGAGCUCAAGGUUCCCUUUUCGUCUUCAUCUACGGAGACGGAGGCCUUAGCCGACAGAGUGAGAAGAAAUGGAGGAUGACGACGGCGGCGACGAGAGGCUGUUUGCCGCCGUCCGCCACUUCGCCAGUAGCUUCAGACGCAUCAAGUCCAUGACGGAUGACGCCCUCCAGGACUUCUACGACGGCAGCGUCCUCGCCCUCAGUACCUCCUCUUCCUCCGAUCCCCACCGCCUCCCCGUUACCCUCGAACGCGACCUCCGCUCUCUAGAGCGCCACAUCCAUGGACUAGUCGACUCCAAUCGCCUCAUCUGGUCUGACUCCGCCGCUGCCUCCUCCUUCUUCCUUGAGUCCGUCGACGACCUCCUAUCCCUCGCCGCCGAUCUCGGCCGCCAGCCGGGCUCCGCCGCCGCCAACCCCCUCCUCGACCGCGCCGACCACCUUAUUCGCCGAUGCGUUCUCCGCCUCGACGAGGAGUUCCGCUCCAUCGUCGGCCCGCCACAAUUGAUCGCAGAUCGCCGCGACAGCGCCUACUUCGACGGCGUCGGCGACGACGAGAACAUCCCCGUCGCGAUACCCGUUGAGGCCUACGACAUCGUCAUCGACGCCCUUCCUCCGGGCUCCGUGUCUGACCUCAAAGACAUCGCUCGGCGGAUGGUGGCAGCCGGAUUCGGCCGCGAGUGCGUGGAGACCUAUGCUAGCUUCCGCCGCGCCUUCGUGGAGGAGUCGAUCGCUCGCCUCGGCCUCCUCCCGCCCCCCGAAGGAGGAUACCUUACCGUCCCGUGGGAGGAGAUGGAGGACGAGAUCCCCCGCUGGGCGGAGGCGGCGCGGAUGGUCUUCCUUAUCUUGAUCCCCAGCGAGCAACGCCUCUGUGGUCGCGUGUUCGCUUCCGUGCCCCCUUCCUACGCCGAUCUCGCGUUCUACGUUUCCUGCGCUCCCGCCGCAGCUGAGAUUGUCUCCUUCGCCGCGGCCGUCGCCUGCGGCGACCACGGCCCGGAGCGCCUCUUCGGCCAACUCAACUUGUACGAGACUAUCCGCAGCCUCCUUCCCGAGCUCGACCCCCUGCUCUCCGACGGUUACUCCACCGAGCUCCUCGGCGAGGUCGUCGCGGUGCACAAAGCACUCGGCGCGUCGAUCCGACGGAUCUUCUUGGAGCUGGAGAACCGGAUCCGGCGCGAUCCGGCCAAGGCCGCCGUCCCUGGCGGCGACGUCCACCCGAUGACCAAAUACGUGAUGAACUACCUCGCGGCAGCGUGUGCGAAGGAGACGCUGGCAGAGGUGAUGGCGGAGGAGGCCGCGCGGUCGGUGGUGCCGCUCCCCGUCCGCGUCGCCUGGAUCGCCGACAUCCUGCUCGAGAACCUCGACGUCAAGUCCAAGCUCUACCGCGAUCCCGCGCUCUGUUUCGUCUUCCUGAUGAACAACGUUCGGUACAUGAUCGCGAAGGCGGAGGGCAGCAAGGAAGUGGCGUCGCUGUUGGGAGAGGAGUGGUUCCGGCGGAUGAGGACGAGGGUGCAGCAGUGGGCGGUGGAGUACCAGAGGGCCGCUUGGGGCAACGUGUUGGCCGCGCUGCGGGUGGACCGCUUCGUAGAGUCACCGGCGGCGACGGAGAGGGCGAUGAGAGACAAGCUGGGGAUGUUCAACAGCUACCUGGAGGAGAUAUGGAGGACGCAGGGGAACUGGGUGGCGGUGAACGAGGAGCUGUGUGGGGAACUGCGGGCGGCAAUUGCAGCGGUGGUGCUACCGGCAUACGGGAACCUGGUGGAGAGGUUGCGGCAGGCAGGGGACCGCCGUCGCAUGGUAGCGGGGCGGUACUUGAAAUACAGCGUGGAGGAGGUGGAGGCGAAGAUCUACGAAUUGUUCCAAGGGGCAAGGCCUCGUCCCCAGUGAUUGUUUCUCUCUAUCCUUCUUUCUUCCUCUUAUUUUUCUUUGCUUUUGAUCUGUUGUGUGUUUACUUUUAAUUGGGCGGGUUUUCUAGGUAA